UAGAGAGCCUAUAUUUAUUACAUAUUAUAAGUUCUCUAGGAAAUUCUAUAGCGGAAAACGUUUUGUAGAACAAACGCCAACGUUUGUAUAGGUAGAAAUUCGUGAGCGCUUGGUGUAUUUUGUGCGGUAUUAUAUUUAACCACGGUCGUGGUGUAUGAGAUAAAAAUCGUGAUCACAGAAUAUAUCUAUUAAGUACUCACAUAGAUAAUAUAAGAAUCUUAUAUUAUCUAUGUAUAUAAUUUACAUUGUUAUCAAGUGAAGCUCAGCUGUCGACGGCCGCCAUUUUCUCAGAGGCCAAAACAUUUCAUUCAUUAUACAAAAUGUAUUAGGAACAACAUCGUUUUUAAUGUUAUCAUUCUGUCGUCUCAGUGAAAACGGUAAAAUGGAAUUAAAAGUGGAUCAUAGUUACUAUUAUCAAGUUCAGGGACAAAUGCGAAUUUCAAAACGAAAUUUUUGUUAUUUCGUCGUUUAUUCGGCAAGUUGGAUAGAAAUACAAAUAAUUACUUUCGAUGAUGCUUUCUGGCAAGACAAAAUGAUUGAAAAGUUAAAAAUAUUUUAUACAGAAUGCUUACUUCCAGAAAUAGUCAAUCCCCAGUACGGAAAGAGGCUGUUGAUAGACGACAUUUUAGAUCCUCAGCAUAUUUUGGAAAAUAUAAAAGCAAAACAGCAAAAACAGCAUAAGCAAAAUUACAUCAAUGAAAAAAAAAAUUGAAUUUUUUUCUAAAUGUCGACUACAAUAAUUAGUAUACAAUGAUAUACCAUCAUACUUUAUAUAAUAUGUAAUUGUGACAAAUUCCGACUAUCAAAUUAUGAUAAUAGUCUGAAAAACUACUCUAAUAACUGUAAUUAUGUGAUAAUGUAAUUUGUUUUAUCAUAUUUUGAAUUACGUUCAAUCCGUUUAUAUAUUAAUUUACUAUCAAUAAAUAAAUAAAUAAAAUAUAA